AUGGUAGCGGUGCUACCGGGGCUCUACAUUGGCGGUGCGGAGUCGUGUUCGUCCCCGGAAUCGCUGACGGCGGCGGGGGUGGUGGCGGUGCUGACGGUAGACGCAGAGAAGGCGCCGGUGGUCCCGGGGGUGCGGGCAAUGCACGUUCGGGCGCUGGACGAGCCCGGCGCUGACCUGCUGAGCCACCUGGAUGACUGCGCCGCCUUCAUCGGCGCGGCGCGGGCGGGCGGCGGUGCCGUACUAGUGCGCUGUCAGGCCGGGGUGAGCCGCAGCGUGGCUGUGGUGACCGCCUACCUCAUGAAGACCGAGGGACUCGGCUGGGAGCAGGCGUAUGCCGCCGUCAGAGCUGCCAAACCCGAUGUCGAGGUGAACCCGGGUUUCCAGGGGCAGCUGAAGCUCUACGAGGCCAUGGGCUGCGCCGUGGACAGCAGCAGCGCCGUCUACAAGCGGUAUCGGUUGCAGAUGCUGACGGAGAAGUGCCCCGAACUUCAAGACUUGCCCCGAGAAGUCUUUGCUGUUGAUCCAAACAAUAUAUGUCAAACUCCGAACACAGAGGUUCUCUACAGAUGCAGGAAGUGCAGGCGUGCUCUGUUCCGUAGCUCCAGCAUUCUGUCCCACAUGGAAGGAAGUGGACCAACAGCCUUUGCCCACAAGAGGGUAACGGACUCUGCCCAGCUUUGUGGAGAUGGCCGCGAAAAGUGCACCUCUUACUUUACUGAGCCUGUGCAGUGGAUGGAGCCUGCGUUGCUCGGAGUAAUGGAAGGACAGCUUCUGUGUCCCAAAUGCGCAUCAAAGCUGGGCUCCUUUAGCUGGCGGGGUGAUCAGUGUUCCUGUGGCCGCUGGGUGACACCUGCCUUCCAGAUCCACAAAAGUCGAGUGGAUGAAGUGAGGACACUACCAGUUGGUAACUUCCAAACUGCCAAGACCUGAACUUGUCACUGCCCUCAGUGGGAUUC